AUGACGGCCGUCGAGGGCGUCCCGGCCACGCACCAGGACGACGCCGUCCCGCCGGAGCAGCAGCCCGCCGGCGGCGACACCACUGACACCGAGGUCGACACCACAAACGACAUGCCCGUGGAUGCGCCCGCUGCAGUUGUCGCCAGUGCCGACGACGACGCGGAGAAGGCUGCCCCUGCGAAGCCGUCGGAUGCCGACAUCGACUGGGACCGGCACCCCGAGAACCCGCGCAACUGGCCGGCUUGGAGAAAGACGUUGCAGAUUACAUCCGUAUCGUCCAUGGGCUUCGUCACCUCCAUCGCCACGUCCAUCAUGAGUCCCGCCCGCGUACAGCUCAUGGACGAGUUCGGCGUCGGCAGCACCACCGCCCUCGUGCCCCUCGCCAUGUACGUCUUCGCCCUCGGCUUCGGCCCCGUCAUGGGCGGCCCGCUGUCCGAGACGUUUGGCCGCCGGCCCAUCUACCUGUACGGCAUGCCGCUCGGCGCCCUCUUCACCCUCGGCGCCGGCUUCACGCACAACUUUGGCGCGCUGUGCUUCCUGCGCUUCAUGGCGGGCUUUUGCUGGGCGCCGCUCCUCGCCGUGCCGUCGGCCACCAUCUCGGAGACGUUUGCGCCCAAGACGAGGGGGCCCGUGUCGGCCGUGUUUAUCCUGAUGCCUUUUCUCGGACCGGGACUCGGCCCCGUCAUCGGCUCGUUCCUCGUGAGCCGCAAGGACUGGCGCUGGACGCAGUGGACCCUGCUCUUCAUGGCCAUCUUCUGCAUGCUGCAGACGCCCUUCAACGGCGAGACGUUUGCGCCCAUCAUCCAGCGCCGCAUCGCCAAGCGCCGCGGCGAGGCCGUGCCCCCGCAGGCGCCCCUGACGGCUCGGCUCGGCGCCUUUGCCCGCGUCGGCCUCAUCCGCCCGCUGCACAUGCUCGCGACCGAGCCCAUCGUCACCUUCCUGUGCCUCUACGUGGCCGUCAACUUCGGCAUCCUCUUCAGCUUCUUCGCCGCCGUGCCGUACACCUUCACACUCGUGUACGGCUUCGACCUUGAGCACUCGGGUCUCGUCUUCCUCUCCAUCGUCGUCGGCUGCUUCCUCGGCCUGCUGACCAUCCUGCUGUGCGACGUCCUCAUCUACCGCCCCAGGACGGCGCGACAUCCGCUCCGGCGCAUCCCGCCGGAGAAUCGCCUCUACCCCAUGAUGAUAUCCUGCUUCGGGCUGCCCGUCGGCCUGUUCUGGUUCGCGUGGACCGCGCGCUCCGGCGUGUCGUGGGCGAGCCCCACGGUGGCCAUUGUGCCCUUUGCGUGGGGUAACCUGUGCGUCUUUGUCGGUGCCAUCCAGUACAAGGCGGACACGUACCACGGGAGCGUGAUUGCGAGCGCAGUGAGCGCAAAUAACCUGGCGCGGUACGGCUUCGCCGGCGCGUUUCCCUUGUUUACCAUCCAGAUGUACAAGUCGCUGGGCAUAGGCUGGGCCACGAGCCUGUUGGGAUUCGUCUCCAUCGCUCUGCUCCCGAUUCCUUGGGUGCUGUUCAAGUAUGGUCCCACGAUCCGGGCAAAGAGCAAGUAUGAGACGGUGAGCUACGAUUGAACGAUGCAAUGGCGGGU